UAUCCAUCACCAAAGAACCAUGUGAAUUGUAGAUGGAGGCCACCUACUCGCGAGUCAAUAUCUCCACUCGUUCUCUCCCUCCAUGCAGAAAACGGCGCGCGUCGGUGGUCGCUUUCACGGUUUCACCCCACCAAACGCCUCCCUGGCUGCAGGCGACGACCACUGACAUCAUAAUUAGACACCGCAUGCCACGCUUUCACUUCCAUCCAUCCAUCCAUUUACCCUGAACCUGCCUCUCAAGCCUUGUGCAACACCAAAGCCAGGCACAGCAACUCUGUACCUCCGCCCAAUCUGAAAACCCCCGGAUCCUUACUUAUUCACCUCUACUACCAUCACAAGAAUCAUGCCUGUCUUAUGAUCAUGAAAGCGCAGCCAAAACAAACAAACACCAUUUAUUUCAAAUCUGGUCUUAAUGUUCGAUCAUGGCAUCCAACGCAACAAAGAUACCAAGGAAGCCCGUGCCGCCACACCAAGACUGCACUUCACACCCACCACGCGAUGCAUCGUCGAAACCCGGAUUAACAUGGCCAUACCUCGCGACCUCGAUCCUCGUCCUCCUCGUCGCAACCCUAUCCUGGGCACGGCGAUGGGCACUCUCCGGAGCCGCAAUCGAGAGCCUGAUCGUCGUGUACGGACACGGCCGCGAUAACCGCGUGUUGCCCUCGAUACCGCUGUGGACGUUCCUCGCCACGUUCAACUUGGUGUAUGCCAUCUGCUCGACGUCGUGGCUGCUGUACGCCGGGUUUGCACUCGCGUGCUAUCCGUCCAUCCUGCUCACGUGCCUGUUUCAAUUCCGGAUAGCGGCACGGCUGGCAAGGAGGGUUCUGCGGAAGACGCUGGGCCAGCAUCCGUCGUUUGUGAGGGAUCAGCUUGCGCUGUUUAAUCUUCCUGCGCUCGAGAUUGAUACGGAUGUGGAUGGGUUGAUGGUCAUCAGGGGCGCGACGUUCUCCUGCUCUGGCCUUACGCUUGUUGCUCAUGGCAUUGAACUUGGACUCAAGCUGACGGACGACAUCGAGCUGGCAAUAUACGUCGACGAAGUCGUAGUGCGCUUCUUCCGAGCCAUCGAGAUCGGCGAUGUAUACGCCAACAUCAAGGGCGGCAAAUUCGAGAUGACCUUCGCCGAGAUGGACGAUGUACAAGACGAUGCGGCAUCCGAGAUCAGCGUGUUCCUCGACAACACACCGCUGCUUCGCGCCGCCAAUAUCGGCGGCAAAAAGUACACGGACAGACCCAAACUGCGCGAGACGCUCACGGGGGUUAGCUGGUUGGCGGAUUCGUCAGCGCAGGUACGUAGACUGUCAGACUCUUCUGGGGUGGAUCGUGACGGUUGGCAGGCUGGACUGGACAUGGUGACGACUCUGAGUCCAGACGACCAGGUCGCCGACACGCAGUAUCAGGAACGCUUGACGGAGAUCCGGACGACGAGUGCUAUAUACCAAUCACGACAGCAGGCCAGGCACAAAGCGAAACAGGAGCGCGGUGUCCGGAUCGACGACGAGAAUGAGAUGCGCGCCGCUGCCAGCGCUGAGUUGCACGACUUGCCUUCAGUUCCUCACCCUCCAUCUAGAUCCGUCCGCGUCACCACUCUCCAGAACCUCUCCUCACCACGCACGCGAGAGUUCAUGCACCGCCUGCCAUUCCUGCUCCGGCUCCUCCUCGCCCCUCUAAGCUACUUCCACCCCAUUCGCAUCAGCAGCAUCAACGCCGCCGGCUCCGGGAAAUGGCUCUCCUCAAUGCUCCAAAAGCAAGUCUUCAAACGCUACACCGAAAACAACGCCGAGCUACGCCGUCUCCAACGCAAAGUCGCCUCCUGGACCGCCGACGCAAACUUCUGCGUGCAACUCCUCGACAUCAAAGGCGUCGCCACCGUCCCCCUAAGCACCCUCUCCACCAUCACCGCCUUCCUCAAAUUCGACGAAGUCAUCGCCUACCGCAUCAUCCCGCACUCCAGUACCAUCUCCCAAGUCGUCCGUCUCGGCGGCGCAGACGCUUCCUUCACCAUUCCGUCCUUCCUCCUCCCGCACCACGAACACAUCAUCCCCCCCGCACCCACCCCCGCCGACGAAGAAGCCCUCGAGUCCGCAAUCCAGCACGAAGAGGGCACAACGCCCAAGGCGAAACAGCACGAGGCCGCCCUGGCCAAGUUGCAAAGAGACGAGACGGAAAUCGUCAUGAGCGUGCACGGCAGCCUGCCAGCCAGCUUCGACCAGAGCCUGCUCAACUUCACUGCCGCACUCGUCAAGUCGACCAAGAUCAUCGAGUUCGAAAAGGACUUGGACGAGGCGACGGCCGACAACGAUGAUAACAACUCCUCCUCGCCCGUCAUCUCCCCGCCAUCAUCAUCCCUCCCCAUAGACACCACCACGAGCGACACAGAGAGCAUAUCCUCCAUCACCCCUUCAGAACGCAUGCGCGUCCGCGACGCCGCCGGCUUCAAGGUCUUCGCCAAGCACAUCCGGCAAAACCUCUCUGACGGCACGACAAAGGCGCAAAUGAAGGAAUUUGCGCGCGACCUUCACCAGAGCACAAAGGACGGGAUGAAGAAGGCGCUCGUUGGCGGUCUUGUUAACGAUCGCUGGAUCGCGCGCAUGACGGGCAAAGUCGCGGCUGCGUUGCAGGAUGCGCAGGGCGAUUUUGGGUAUUCGGGGAGGAUCCCGAUUGCGUUGGGUCCGUAUAGAGGCCGGGAGGGGUUGGCGUCGAAGUUGUUGCCUUAGAAGACAUGAGGGUAGUUGUGGUGGCGGUGAUGGCGGGUGUGGUGUUUGUUUGUUCUGCAGGGAUUAGUUGUUGUAGUUGUUGUUGUUGUUGUUGUUGUCGUUGUUGUCGUUGUAGCUCGAUACCCCCUAUGGUCUAAUAGCGUUCU